ACAUAUAUCGCCAUGCCGCAAAAUAAAUCCAUUUAAUAUCUAGUUUAUUCUCUCAGGAUGGUCUCCAAACCCCGCGCACCUGCGAAACAGGCCGCGCCCAAAAUCCAACCCCUACCCGAUAAAACCUUCAUCAUCGACAACGGCGCGUGCACUAUCAAAGCAGGGCAUGCCCCAGCCCACUUUCCACCCCAAAACGCAGACGAUUCACUCUCCGCAUGCGUAGCCAUUUCCAACGCAAUCGCAAAAACACGCGAUAACCGCAUCUUUGUCGGCGCACAGCUCUCAACACACAUCUCCGACUGGAACGAAGCCGUAUUCCGUCGACCGGUCGAAAAGGGUUAUAUAGUGAACUGGGAAGCUCAAAAGGAGAUUUGGGAACAGGCUUUCUUUGAUGAGAGGACUACGCGUAAUAAAGAUGUUCGCGUGGCGGAUCCGGCGGAGACGACGUUGAUUCUUACGGAUACGCCGAAUGGGUUGCCGGCGCUGCAGAGAAAUGCGGAUGAGAUGGUUAUGGAGGAAUGGGGCUUUGGUGGUUAUGCUAGGAUUGUUGGGCCUACGUUGAAUGCUUGGAACGAUAUACAUUCGAUAUUUGGCGACCCUACGAAUAACUCUGCAACGGAUAUCUCUCCAGCGGAAUGCCUACUAGUCAUCGACUCCGGAUACUCUCAUACAAUCGUCACACCAGUAUACAAAGGCCAACCACUUCAACGCGGUAUCCGAAGACUCGAUUUAGGAGGUAAACAUCUCACCAACUACAUCAAAGAAAUGGUCUCGAUGCGGCAAUAUAACAUGGUCGACGAGACGCAUAUCAUGAACGACGUCAAGGAAGCAGUAUGCUACGUCUCUAGCAAUUUCCAAGGCGAUAUGGAAAAAGUAUGGAAAGCGACAAAGGCUCCCGGCCAAUCCCAGGCCGCUGCUUCGGCUGAGGGUAUCGUUGUGGAUUAUGUACUUCCCGAUCCGACUGCGAACAAAAAGGGAUUUGUGCGUUCGCAUGACCCUUUGAUCAAUGCAAAAAAGCGCAAGAGUUUGAUGUCUGGCUCUGGUGAUCUCGUCACUGAGGAUUUUCUUGUCCUUGGUAAUGAAAGAUUUACUGUUCCGGAGAUUCUAUUUAACCCUUCGGAUAUUGGUAUGAGGCAGGCUGGUAUUCCCGAGAUUGUGUUGCAGAGCUUGUCUGUUUUACCGACGGGCCUUCAUCCUGCGUUUUUGGCCAAUAUUUUGGUCGUGGGUGGUAAUGCACUUAUUCCCGGGUUUAUAGACAGGCUAGAAAUGGAAAUUCGACAAUUGGCAUCUGCCGAAUGUCUUGUGCGUGUGAAAAGGCCAAAUGAUCCCAUUCGCUCCACAUGGCUAGGAGCAUCGCGUUUCGCUACAGAUCGACAAGAAGUGGCAUCUGUUGCUAUCACGAGACAGGAAUACCUCGAAUAUGGAUCUGCAUGGGCUGGGAGACGAUUCUCGGGAGCUGUCUAAUAUAAUAUUGAUGCUUUCUAUUCA